GUUCCUUCCACAAGUAGGCCUCUUUUCCCUUCCACAUCCCCUGUUCGUCAAAUAAUCUCAAAGCAUCUUCCGAUAUAAAUUCACAGCCUUCAAGCACUCGAGCCAUCGGCAAAGCUUUUUGCAGGAAGAUAAUAAUAAUUACAAGGCAAAAACAAGGAGAAAAAAAGAAGAAGAAGAGAUGGGUGUGGAUUACUACAAGCUUCUGCAGGUGGACAAGAACGCCAGCGACGACGAUUUGAAGAAAGCUUACAGAAAGCUCGCCAUGAAGUGGCACCCUGAUAAGAACCCCACCAACAAGAAGGAAGCCGAGUCCAAGUUCAAACAGAUCUCUGAGGCCUACGAGGUUCUGAGUGAUCCCCAGAAAAGAGCAAUUUAUGAUCAAUACGGAGAAGAAGGCCUGAAAGGCCAAGUGCCGCCGCCGGAUGCCGGUGGGCCUGGCGGUGGAGCUACCUUCUUCCAAACUGGGGACGGUCCAAAUGUGUUUAGAUUCAACCCCAGAAACGCCGACGACAUUUUUGCUGAUUUCUUUGGGUUCUCGAGCCCCAUGGGUGGAAUGGGAGGCGGAAUGGGCGGUGGCGGCAUGAGGGGUGGAAGGUCUUUUGGUGGAAUGUUUGGGGAGGACGUGUUCAGUUCAUUCGGAGAAGGCCGGCCCAUGAGUCAUGCGCCACGAAAAGCUCCACCUAUAGAGAAGAGGUUGCCUUGCAGCCUUGAGGAGCUGUACAAGGGGACUACCAAGAAGAUGAAGAUUUCGAGGGAAAUCGCAGAUGCAAGCGGGAAGACCAUGCAAGUGGAGGAAAUACUAACCAUAGAAAUCAAGCCUGGCUGGAAAAAGGGAACCAAAAUCACCUUCCCGGAGAAAGGGAACGAGCAAGGAAACAUAACUCCUGCGGAUCUUGUGUUCAUAAUCGACGAGAAACCACACAGCACAUUCACAAGGGAUGGGAAUGAUCUUAUUGUCACGCAGAGGAUUACUCUAGCAGAAGCUCUAACAGGUUACACUGUCCGCCUGACCACCCUAGAUGGAAGGAGCCUCACCAUCCCCAUCAACAAUGUGAUUAGUCCAGACUAUGAGGAGGUAGUCCCUAGGGAGGGCAUGCCCAUACCCAAAGACCCCUCCAAGAAGGGUAACCUCAGAAUCAAAUUCAACAUCAAGUUUCCGACAAGAUUGAAUGCCGAACAGAAGGCCGGAAUUAAGAAAUGCUUGCAGGCUUGAUCAGAAUUCGAGCCGAUGUGCUAUGUGAAUCCAAGGGCGCUUGUGUAUAUUUUUUGGAUGGUUGGGAUCUUUGUAUUACUAGUUUGUCUUUGUAAGGUUAAACAUUUGUUUGUCCAAUAGAACACUGAGCCAUUCUAGCUCUUACCAAAGCAGCGAAUAAAGCCUUUGGUCUCAGCUGAAUUUCAUCUUUUAA